ACGAAGAAGGGCGUGAACUCUGAAAGCAGCGAUUCUCUCUCUAACUUAACAGAGAAAGUUAGAAGAAGAGGAAGAAGAAGAUAAAGUGGAGAAUUCUGCAACCAUCAACCAGUUGAUGAUUUAGGGCUCUCUCUCUCUGGUGUGCGAUUGCGACUGUGAUUCCAGACUUCCAGCGGCAAUCCAACUUCUCUCUGUGUAAAAAUGUCUACAUCGGAAGAAGAGAUCACGAGGCUUUAUAGAAUCCGGAAAACGGUAAUGCAAAUGCUGAAGGACCGGGGGUACUUUGUGACGGACUAUGAGUUAUAGAUGACCAAACCACAGUUUAUUCAGAAAUACGGUGAAAACAUGAAAAGAGAGGACCUUGUCAUCAGCAAAAACAAGCGCACUGAAAGUGGUGAUCAGAUUUAUGUUUUUUUCCCUGAGGAACAGAAGGUUGGUGUAAAGACAAUGAAGACUAAUACCAAUCGCAUGAAAUCAGAGAAUGUUUUUCGAGCAAUCUUGGUCGUUCAACAGAAUCUGACUCCUUUUGCUCGUACGUGCAUAAGCGAAAUAUCUGCAAAAUUCCACUUAGAGGUUUUCCAGGAGGCAGAGUCGUUGGUCAACAUUAAAGAACAUGUUCUUGUUCCCGAGCACCAGAUGCUCACAGAUGAAGAAAAGAAGACUCUGUUGAAGAGAUAUACUGUGAAAGAAACACAGCUACCUCGAAUACAAGUGACCGAUCCAAUAGCCAGGUAUUAUGGGAUGAAGCGAGGACAAGUUGUGACUGCUGGCCAUUACGUAACUUACAGAUAUGUUGUUUAAACUCUUAGGAAACUGGGCUUGUUGAUUUUUGUUUUUGGUGGUUAUGUGUUUGUCAAUUAUCUUGAGACCGUGGAAUUGAGGUGCUGAUACAUUUCUUGGUUACUGAAAUUUUGAAAUCAUUUGGGUAUAAGUUGAACUGUCAUGCCCUAAUGAUGCAUGAGGCUAACUUCUCCGUGGACAAUUUUAAUACCAAAGGAUGCUGAGUAGCCUACAUUUUCAGUAGAA